AUGUCCGAAAACUACCGCCCAGUUGUCAUACAGCCUGCACUUGGGAAGCUGUUUGAAUCACUUGUACUGGAUCGCAUUGGAUUUUCCUUUCGCCACAUUCUUACAUCUGCGCAGCAUGGUUUUGCAGCCGGAAGAUCAACUACUACUAACCUUGCAUUGUAUGAAAGCUUUAUCAUCGCAGCUUUUGGAGAUGGAAUGCAGGUUGACACCGGUUAUAUUGACUUCUCCAAAGCGUUCGACACUAUAAUUGGUACCAAGCUGGGAUACAACUACAGUGAAGUUCCCUUGGAGUUGGUAGCGGAUCAAUUGGGGCUGGCUCCAUUAUAUGCGAGAAGGAGACUGCAUGACCUGGUGUUUGCAGAAGAUCCUCACUGGCGAUGUAGAUUGCUCGGAGUUACUCCACCUCAUUAA